AUGUUCCACCUCUUGGUGGCCAUGUGCUUCGGCGAGCGGGUUGACGAUGGCGUUGUGCACGAGAUUAUCUCUGCGCUGCGUGAGCUCAUGAUCUACUCCUUGACCAAGCUGAGGGUCUUCGACUACCUCCCGGCGGUCACGACGCGCCUCUUCCGCGGCCGACUGGAUGCCAUGCACGCUAUGCGCAGCAAGCUCAAGGAGAUGUACCUGCCCUUGAUCGACGCCCGGAGGGAGCGCAAGAAGCUGCUUGCGAGCAGCCAACCGCCGUCUCCUCAGAAUCAGAAGGAGACGACGACGUUGCCGCACUGCUACGUGGACUCGUUGCUCGACCUCAGGCUCGACUCCGACAGCGGCCGCCCUCUCACCGACGACGAGGUACUUGCCAUGUGCUCCGAGCUGCUGAUACAAGGGACGGACACCACAGCCACGGCGCUAGAGUGGAUCAUGGCCCAGCUGGUGAAGAAUCAGCACGUCCAGGACAAGCUCUUCGAUGAGAUCUCAAUUGGUACAGGUCCCGACGAUCUACACCGGCCAGAGGGCCUGCACAAGAUGCAGUACCUCCGGGCGGUGGUGCUUGAGGGCCUCCGGCGCCACCCACCCGGGCACCAGGUGGUGAUGCACGCUGCGGCUGAGGACAUGGAGAUCGGUGGGUGCCUGAUCCCCAGGGGCACGCCAGUGAACUUCAUGGUGGCCGACAUGGCCAUGGAUGAGAAGACUUGGGACCAGCCACGAGAGUUCCUACCGGAGCGGUUCCUCGCGGGAGGCGACGGCGAUGGGGUUGACAUCACCGGCACCAAGGAGAUCAAGAUGAUGCCAUUCGGAGCCGGGCGGAGGAUCUGUCCGGGGCUAGGCGUCGCCACCAUGCACCUCGAGUACUUAGUGGAGAGCCUAGUGCGUGCGUUCGACUGGCAGGCGGCAGAAGGGGAGGUGGUGGACGUCGUCUCUGAGGAGGCCCAGUUCACCGUCGUCAUGAAGAAACCGCUCUGUGUUCGCCUCGUGCACAGAGCGGCCAUUUAA